CUGGAAUUCGACAUGGCUGCUGAGGGAAGCAGGAGGAACCGGCCGAUGGCCUCAGUUACAACUCCCGGGGAAUCGAGACUUUCUGCCAGCAUUUCAUACAUCCUUCGAAUUGGGAAAGCCUUGUUGUUGGGAUUGAUUAAGACUCUCGCGCAGCGAUUUGAAGCUUGCUUUCCCCACCUGGCCUCCUUGGAUCAGCUUGGCGGAGACAGCUUGCCGGAGGAGCAAGCAAGUGGGGAAGACGAUGAGCCAGAUGCUGCCCAGGUGUAUUCAUUGCAAGAGCACAUGCUCCGCAUAUUACAGGAACUCAGAAGUAAUGCAGAUAUCACCAGAAUGGCAAAAAGCAUCAGCAGUGAAAAUCCACUCCGCAGUCUGGCCGAAGUAUCAGAGGAGAUGUUUGCUACUGGAGUCAACUGGGGACGGAUUGUUGUCUUCUUCUACUUUACAUACGAAGUUUUCAGAGAGUCUGCCUCCAGUUUAUUCAGAGAUGUGAUGGACUGGGCCAUGAGGUUUUUAAGGGACCGGCUGGCUCUCUGGAUUGAACAGCAAGGUGGCUGGAAUGGUCUACUAAAUUUUUCCCCAUCAUCGCAAUAGAAAUCUAGAGAGAUUGGUAUUUCUCAUUCCUGCUGUGUGGAAGUAUAAAAAAAUUAUUGAUUCUUCUUGGGAAACCUUGUAUUU